UAACAAAAGUUUAUGUCGUUCUUUUUCUAUUUCAAUAAAGUAUAAGCAAUAUUAAAAAAGUGUUAUUAAUUAUUUUACUCAAAAAUAUAUAAUACAAUAAAUUUUGUUUCAUAUAAUUGAAAGACAUGUCUAAAAAAAAUAUUUUAUAUGUGUUUUUCUUAUUUUGGCAAUUAAGUCAAGUUUUAGAUAUAUAUUGUGAUCCUCAAAGUGAAGAUUUUAAGAAAUACGUUAUUAAUUCAUUAAAUCACAUCCGUGUUCAAAAUGGAUGGUACUCAAUUCAACAAACAGAAAUUAAACUUGAGAACUUAACAAUUAAUAUCGAAAGCAUCACAGGUGAAAUUAUCGAUGACAAUAACUUUAUACAAAAACUCUACUUUAUAAUUUGUCUGUUAAACUGUGAAUAUACCAAUACAAUGCAAACUUUCAAUGUAAUGUUAAGCUUUAUUAUAAAUAAAUGUGAAAUAAAUAUUUUAAAAAAUCAAAAUAGUGGAUAUAUAUAUUGCACAAAGAUAAUUGUUUAUAUUUUUAAUUUUUCAAUAAAUAUGUUUAAAAAAAUGUUGAAAGCGGCAAAGUAUCUCGAUAAAAUCGACCUACGAAUUAUAGACUCGCCUAUACUUAAUAUUAAAACUGUAGAUAAUGAAAUAAAUUAUUUAUACACACAUGCAUUAGAGUUAAGCAAGUUCUCAACAUUUCAUGCACCUAAUAAUUUUAAUUGGGUCGAAACUUUUGAAAGUAUAAAAGAUUUUAAUAAAAAAACUGAAUUAAUGAUAUCAAAUCUUUACAAACAUAGAAAAGUGUGUGGGACAGAACACGAAAGCUCUAUUUUAAUCAAUUUGUUGAUGAAAUAUAAUAUCGAUCAAAUGGAAAAACUGGUAGAGGACUCUAAGGAUUAUAUUAAUAACAUUUAUAAAGAUCUUGAAUUAUAUAUUUUCAGAAUAAUUGAUAAUUGUUAUUCAAAACUAGGCUUUGAACAACUAAAAGAUACAAAUACCUUCAAACAUAGUUAUUUCAAAAGUAGAAGAUAUGGCGAAAAUGAAGGUAUUGCAUUGUGUAAGCAUUUUAUUUCUCACGCUACUGGUUGGAUGUCAUGGAAACAUAUAGCUGUUAAAACUGAAUUUACAAACGAAAAAUCACUAUAUUUUAAAGACAUUGAACAAAUGGUUGAUAAGAAAAAUUAUUAUUUCGUGCGAUCAUAUCUUGCACUUAUUUUAAGAUGUCGCUAUAUUGAAAUAUUUCAUAAUUUCAAUAUAAUGUUGGGGCAUAUAGUUUAUGCUUGUAAAUAUGAAAAUAAAAUUAAUUGUGCGGUUAAGCUUUAUGAAACACUUAUGGCAUCCGAUGAUAUGUUUAAAAAAAUGUUAAUUGCUCUUAUUACUCUAAGACACUACACAAAAGAUAAAAAAUAUCAACGUCAAGAAUUACUCAUAGAGAGAGCGAUAGAAUUUUUUAUGGAUUAUUUGAAUGAUGUUAGAAAAAAGUAUUUUUCCCCAUUGUUAUUUACUAAUGAUGGAUUUUUUGAAGCUUUGACGUUUCUUGAAAACGUAGCUAAAGUUCAAUCUAAAGAUUUACAGACGAAAUUAAAUCACGUAAUUGAGUUUAACAUGAAAUAUUGCAUAAUUAAUAAAUGUGAAUCAGAUAUAGACUUAAUUACAACAUUUGAACUAUUGCUUCAAACCAAUACCUUAACAGAAUAUAGUACUAUUUAUCAAUCUUUGUGUGAUAUUUUGGAAUCAUUUAUUCUGAAAGUCGUAAAAAAUGAUUAUGAAGAUUUAGGUUUCAAUAAUUUGCCUUGUAAAAAUUGAUUUUUUAUUCGAGACUUAAUAAAAAUAUUGCAAUUAUAUUAUA